GUGAGUGAGUGAGAUCAGCUGUGAGUGUGUGUGUGAGAGAGUGACUGUGUCUGCGCUGUCGCCCAGAGCUGAGCUGCGGAGAGGGAGGGAGUGAGUGAGAGAGUGAGACCGACAGAUGUUCUGCGCGUUAAGUGUCGACCGUUUCUCUCCGCUCCAUGGCCACGCACGUUACAGUUGACGCCCGAAUGCGUCGAGGGGAAUUAGAGUAAGUGCGGAUCUCAUCUGCCCCACAAGGACCAGAGCCCCGGGGAAAGGGCUAAAAUUCCUGGUGAUGUUCUGUCCUCAUCAGCACAGGAGUGGGAGCCCCACCUCGUCCUUUCAGGAGCUGUGGAAGCAGGAACGCUCAUUGGACAGUAAGUAUCAUGUGCUGCUGGAAGAAACUGGUGGAGUUACAUUGCUGAGAUAACUGGAGCCGGACGUAGCAUUGCAUCAGGUAACAGCGAAGCUCCCUGUGCUCUCCCUGUGAACAAACCAGAGAGUCAUUCAGAAUUUCACCUCUGCGUCCGGACGACAGAGAAAACCGGAAUUCAUUUUUUUUCCUCAAACCAAAAAGUCGGGAAUUUUCGUGCAUGUGGGAUGCUGGUGGAUGGAUUCUCAAGUCUUGGUUUAACUGCACCUGAAGAGAGAGUUCUGAGGAGCUGCGAAUGAGCAAGGUUGACCAGCACAGGCCUCUACACUCCGCAGCGUCCGAUCUGAGCCAGGUUAGAGGGGGCAGGACAGACGGGAAGGAGCUCCUCCGACCACACGAUCAGCUGCUCACUGUGAAGGGAUCUCAGCAGUCGCUGCAGGAGGAGCCUGGCCAGCACGAGGUCCCGCUGCAGGAUGACGAGACCGGGUACAAGCUGCCGGCCCCGGUACUGCACAAGAACAACAGCCACAAACUGACCUUCAUCAGGAGCCUACAGGACGUAGUGCAGGAGGCCCAGCUCAGGACCGAGAACACAGGCAGCAAGGUUCCCCCUCCCUCCAGCCCAGCAGGGCGGUCACUGAGCGCAGUGAGGAACCUGAUUGACAUGAUCAACGCUCUACAGGAGGACAAAGUGCGGCUGCAGGAGGAGCUCAGUACCAGGGAGAGCAAGUGCCAGGUGCGGAGCGGUGCUCCCCAGUGUGAGAUCGGGGAUUUGGAAGGAAAGCUGACAGACCAGACACAGAAACUGAGCACAUUGUGUUCCGAGCUGGGCACAACCGACCUGGAGAAGCAUUUGGAAAUCCUGGUCGUGGAGAACGACCGGCUGAAGCAGGACCUGAACGGCAGCCAGCUCCAGCUCCGGCACCUGCGACGCUCCCUGUCCGGGUGCUCCAAGUGUGACCAUGUCGAGGAGAAUUCCCAGCUCCGUGAGCGACUCUCACGUGCGCAGGUGGAGCUGAAGAAGACGACUGAGCACCUGUCGGAGCUGGAGCUGGAGGUUCAGCGUAAGACGGAGCAUGUGUCGCAGUUUGAGCAACACCUGCAAGACGUGCUGCAGGGGAAGGCGGAGAUGGAGGAGGGACUGAACAAAAGGAUCAGGGACUAUCAGCUGACCCUGGCCAGGCAAUCCACCCCUCCGGUCAAGUACAUCACCAAAACAGUGCAAGUGGAAUCAGCCAAGACAAAGCAAGCCCUGGAGGAGGCUCAGGGCAGGAAUCAGUACCUUCAGGAGCAGGUGGCAGUCCAGAGGCAGGUCAUACAUGAGCGGGAACAACAGCUCCAAGAGUCCUGGCACAACACAGCAAAGCUUCAAGCUCAGAUCAUGAUCUACGAAGCGGAGCUGGAGAGGACCCGUGGGGAGAUGUUAGAGGAGCUGCAGUCAAUGGAGGAAGAGAAGAACUGUGCCAUCGAAGAGGCUUUCCUGCGAGCCCAGUCCGAGAUGAAGGCAGUCCAUGAGAAUCUGAAUGGUGUUCGGAUGAACCUCCUCUCAGUCCAGCCCGCCCUCAAAUCCCUGACUAAUGAUUACAACUGCCUGAAGCACCAGGUCCGGGAUUUUCCGUGUCUCCUUCAGGACGCAAUCUGCCAGACCAAGGAGGAGAUCUUCCAGAUGGUGGAGGAGGUGAAGGAAGUGAACCGUGACCUGCUCCACAAAUACAAGCGGGAGAUGCAGUUGAGGAAGAAGUGCCACAACGAGCUGGUGAGGCUCCGAGGUAACAUCCGUGUGUUCUGCAGAGUCCGGCCCAUCACCAGGGAGGACGGAGAUGGGCCCGAGACCAGGGGCGUGGUGUCCUUUGACUCCGAUGAUGACGGUGUUCUGUAUGUGUCGUACCGUGGCAAAACCUCAGUGUUUGAGUUGGAUAAAGUGUUCCCACCACACGCCCUGCAGAACGAUGUGUUCCAGGAUGUCCAGGCCCUCAUCACUUCCUGCAUCGACGGUUACAAUGUCUGUAUAUUUGCCUAUGGUCAAACGGGCUCUGGCAAGACCUACACCAUGGAGGGAACGCCCAAGAACCCCGGCAUUAACCAGCGAGCCCUGGGGCUCCUGUUCAGUGAGGUGGCGGAGCGCUCGGAAGACUGGGACCUGACCAUCACCGUCAGUAUGGUGGAGAUUUACAACGAGACCCUCAGAGACCUCCUGGGGCCUGAUCCCCAGAAGAUGCAGGAUCUGAUCACGAGGAACUUGUUGAGCAAAGAUCUCAACGAGAAGCUGGAGAUCAAGCUGAACCCUGAUGGCAGCGGCCAGCUGUAUGUUCCUGGCCUGACCGAGAUCAGAGUGAGGAGCGUGGAGGACAUCAACAGGGUAUUUGAGCUGGGGCGCUUGAAUCGAGCCACCGACUGCACUAACGUGAACGAGCGCAGCUCCCGGUCUCACGCUCUGCUUAUAAUCUCGAUCGCUGGAACCAACACAACGUCAGGAGUCAAACGAACAGGAAAACUAAACCUGGUGGACUUGGCUGGUUCCGAGCGGGUUGGCAAGUCGGGGGCAGAGGGCCACCGGCUGAGAGAAGCUCAGAAUAUUAACAAGUCGCUGUCUGCCCUCGGAGACGUGAUUUACGCCCUGCGCUCCAAGCAGUCCUACAUUCCCUUCCGCAACUCGAAGCUCACCUACCUGCUCCAGGACUCGCUCAGCGGAGACAGCAAAACACUCAUGAUGGUGCAGGUCUCUCCGAUUGAGAGGAGUGUCAGUGAGACGGUUUGCUCGCUAAAGUUCGCCCAGAGGGUCCGAUCCGUGGAACUGGGGGCGAUGGGGCGAAGAACUGAGAACCACUAUUCCCCCAGCCGCCCAGAUAGUGAGCUGGAGCCACCUCCUGUGAUGGUCCAACCAGGAAGACUGUCUUACAGUCAGCCAGGAUUUACUGUGGGAAGGAGCUCACUGAGCGGCAGGAGAAAACUGCCCGCAACAGGUGAAAUAAGCAUCCGACCUGGACCAACAUAGCUGCCUCCGCUCUCAGGAGUGGUUCAGGAGCAGUGACCUGUCCCAAUUCACUGUGUUGCACACUUUCCCACAGUCCAGUCACAGACUGAAGCAGCAGCAGCCCAUCACUGUAGGUUCACGCAGUCGCCUGGACAUUUCUUGCAGAAUUUUUUUUGUUUUUGUUUUAAAAGAGUCGAUGCACAGAAUAGAGGCCAUUUAUCUAUUGUUUUUUUAUACACAGAUUUUUAUAUUGUCUACUUUUUUUAUUCUGCCAUUUGAUGUCAGGAAUUGCAGAAAUGUAUCCCGUGAGCUCCAGAACAAAUCACUGACGGCCCUUUCUCUCCAACAGCCCACCCCCCCACGCACCUUUGUACAGAUGCACACACUGUCUUUUCUCUUCACUAAGUUGUUUGGCUGUCUUGUGUCUUGCAUAGCAUUGUACAGUAAUGUCUCGCUGGGCUUUGCAGGUGUGUUACAUUCUGAGGUUGCUUGAGGGAGCGCAGGGAGUUGUACACUGUGACCCAGUUGUGCGAACUAAUGCAAUCAUUUACUUGAAAGUGUCAGUGCCACCACUUAAACUUGCUGCUGUCUGCAGAACAUUUGUAGGUGCAGUACAUAUAGGCAUAUAUAAGCAAUGAGCUUUACAGAUCAGCAGGAUUCCAGAUUAAAUCCCUGCCGUGUCCUAACUUAACUGAUCUCUAAACCGCAGCAGGAAAGGGGUGCUCCUGUGCUAGAGGGAGAUCAAUACGCAACGUAGACACCCAAAUCCAACGGCUGAUGCUCUGUGUCCUGACGUCAGGAACGGGUGAGAUGUUGGGCAGCUGGCCCAGUGUGAACCGGUGCUCUCAGGAGGAGAUGGGAAUCAGAGGGAAGAUGAAGGAGGGAAAGUUAAACCGAAGGUUUCACAGUCAAAGUGUUUUCCAAACAAUUUGCUUCGUUAAGACUAAGCGCAGAUUAAAACUUGUCAAGCUACCUGGGUUCGCCCAAAAGAGGCUUAAGGCCGAUGUGUCUCAGUGUUAAAUCCUCUCCUUUGUGUACUCUGCUCAGUUUUUUUUCAAUAUAAAAAUGGACGAUUUGAGCGAACCAAAACGACUUUAGCUUUACUGGCGAAUAAUUUUCAAAGAAAUCUUACUCAGUCUUACAAACAAACCCUGUGCACCUCAGUGAACGCAUGUCUCCCUUUGCUGAGCGAAGUGCAGGCUCAACUUAUACCGCUCAGCGCACUGCUCUGUCAGUCACAGAGUACAGAGGGUUGGGGGGUGUUCCAACAUCUGCCAAAUCUAUUCCCUCAUCCAGUUUUAGUCUGAAUGCCAUUGAACCUGGAGUCACUGUAAUGUGAUGAGUCUUGGAGUGAAGCCAAACCAAUCCUCUGCAGCUCAUUGUUGUUAUGUUAAAGAAUGUUUUUUUCCUAUUAUUGUCAUAUUUUCAGUCAAUGUAUUUUGUUAAUAAGCAACUCGAUUGCCUGCAGAGAAAUGCUAGUCAGCCACACCUGUGUCACACAGCACUGGGCUCAUCUGUCAUUACCGAACAGGGCAGCUUCAUAACUUGCUGCUUAGAGUGAAAGGGCUCUUUGUUCAGCCCAGGUGCCAGCAAUGGCAGUGAAGGAGUUUAACGGAGGCAUCUGCGUUAACAGAACCUGCUCCUGUGGCUGAGAUGAGGUGUGAAAUAGCCCGACACCACCACCUCUCGCAGGUUGGUUUCUGUGGGAUGGUGCCAGAUCCCCUCGCCUUGUCUUUAUGCUGGUGUGACGUACAGUAUUACAGGAUUAAUCUGCUCCUGGCAAUGGACAAUGGUGACUGGUUUGCAGAAAACAUUAUUUUUUUCCUCCAGUUUUUCUUUUCCUCGACCCUUGCAGUAUUUGGCACUAAAAGAUUAUAACUCUGAAUGGAUAUGAAAGUUCUCUGUAAUAUUCUGGCUCAGUCCUUUGCAGUAUUGUGAAGAGAACUCUGAUCUCUGUUGAUCUUUCAAUGGAAAGUUAAGUAUAUCGCUGCCUAUUGAAUUUCAAAUAAAAGUGUUCUUUAUUGG